GCCAUGGUAUGUGAUAUAUAUGUUUAUACAGAAACACGUACUAACUGGAAAUGGGGAAGAUUGGUAGAAUUGCCCAUAUAACCGCCGAUUUAGCAUUAGUGUCAGCCUUUUUAGCUGGGGUUAAAAGAAACACUGGAUUAACCCCUAAUGUUGAUAGUAUUAAAAGUGAUGAUUUCAAAUAUUAUGCCACCAAGUAUUUAGAUAUUGGAGAAUCAAUUUUUGAUUAUAGUGCCGCUUAUUUUGGCGGUAGUGAAUAUUUUAAACGUAAGUAAUUGUAAUA